AUGCCCCCAUCUCCACAAUUGAACCAUACUCAAGGCUCUGGUGGGACAGUCCAUCCGAUAGAGUUGGUGGUACAAUCAUUAGUCGAAUCACCACUGGAGGUGCUAAACCUGAAUCUCACAUCUCUCUAUGAGUCUCAAGUCAUACUUUCAAGCAUUCUACGCCAGCUUGAAGGUAAGUUGGAACGAACGCGAGAAAACUUGACGGAAAGUAAAGAAAGUCAAGACAAUACCACUAUCUCGCUGGAUGAGUAUGUGAAGCGAGUCACAGCUAUUAAAUCGCAGAUGAGCGCCAUUAGCUCUAAAAUGGAAAUUAUCGAACAACGAGUAGACAAAAUACUUCAGAAUAUGGGCUCAGAAUAA